CUGCCGGCCUAAAGAGAGAGAACACAGCCACGACACAGACGCGGCGUGAUGGUGUGAGACGCCCCGCCUGAGGUCGCUGCUCGUCAGCAGGAGGGGUGGCUUUCUCGAGGACCCCUUCUUCAGGGAUGCCUGGGGGGACUACAACAAUGCUGUCAGGAGGAUCGUCGAUAGGUUCAACCAUGGCGGGAUGUUCGCGCCUAGGGACCGGCUCCGGGACUCCCACUACCACUCCAUGUACCGCACACUCCGCUCUGCCCGCAUCAACUACUCCGCCCAGGCUGCAAGGUUCAAAGAUGAGGGUGACUCGUACAAGUUGGUGAUGGAUGUGAGGGAGUUCGUAGGUGGUGAUCUGACAGUGCGUACAGCGGGUGGGACUCUGUCAGUGCGUGGGCGGCUGGAGACCGGCGGGGAGGGAGGCGACGCUGACUCCACUACCUCGCGGGCGUCCUCAGCUCGCACACUACACCGCCGCUUUAACCUGCCUCCCGACGCUGACGGUGAGAAGGUGGAGUCCAUGUUGUCCAGGGAUGCUGUCCUCACCGUCACUAUGCCUAAGAGGACUGAUGUGCGCGUGAUACCUGUCACUAUGGAGGGGGCGGGCGGAGGCGGCAGGAGUGGCACUAAGCGACACUCCGCCACCCAGCCUGACCCAGGACCCUCACCCCGCAAGAGGCCGCAGGACCACCACGACCCCAAGGACACAGACAAACGCACGACACAAACACCAAGAGAAAGAAGCACAAGCAGAAGGAGACACGCGUUUGGGAUGAGUGAAAACAAAGACGGAGAAAGGGGCCGAGAUAAUGAGAGACAAAACAGAAGAGAAAGAGAAGAGGAAACCGAAAGAUCCAGGGAGAGAACAAGCAGGAGAGGAAGUGAUAUAUUUAUGAGAGGCGGCUGCAACAGAGACGAGGAGGAAGGACACAGAAGGAGGAGCUACCUUGACAGUACACCACGAGGGGUAAACCAAGAAACAGAUUACGGUGACAAAGACAAUGUUAGUAGUAAUAGAAGAAGAAGCCGAGAUAUAGUAGAAGACGAGACCGAGGAUAAACACGGCCAAAGGAAUCGCCGAAGGACCUCCAAGUAUGAGGAUGUGAAGGAAAUCAACAUCCCGAUCAGAUUGGAAAACUCGGGUGACGCAGAGACGGUAGAACAGUACCCUGCCGCCGGUGACAUCAACACCACCACCACACACACUGGGUCUACCUCUGCCUCCCUCAGUAAAAACAAAAUCGAUUCCCCUCCAGUUACUCAAUCCCGAGACAGGGACAACACCCAACACCGACCAACAGUUCGUCAGAAAGUGGAGAAUGAAGCUUCCAUCGCCUCUGACAAGCCUCACAUCAGCUCCACUAUAUCCAAGGAUAAAUCUAAUAUCCACAAGGUCAGUGAGAAGGAAAACAUCAAGCCGUGUGAAGAAGGCUCCCCCUGGACCUACUCUAACUUAUACGUCAAUAAUUCUCAAACUAAAGAAAAAGGGCGCGAGAGCCAGACAAAUGCUACAAAGGCGACUAGAGGUAAAGAGGCAGAUGCCACGAAGAAAUAUCACUUUGGAAACAAGAGCCAGGGUGAGCCAGAGGUGAGGGUGGUGGCUCCUCCUGAAACUCCCGCCACUGCACUUGACGCCAACACCCACAAACAACAACUGAAGCAGAAAGACGCCAAGGGUGAUGCUAAGGAGAGUGUUAAGUAUCAUGAUGUGUGUGUUCAAAAAGACAAGGCGGAUAAAAGACAAGAUGAUAGUGAAGGAAACAAUAAUUACCUGAGAAAUUCCUCCCAAGACUCAGAGUCUCCUGAGAGCGGCAGUAAGUCUCCCUGUGGAGGUCGUGAGGUUAAGGUGGAAAAGAAACAAUCGGAUAUGGAGGGUGACAUGUUCAAGGAUUGCUGGCAGAACUUCAGCAGCACCUUACAGGAGGUCUUGGCACGUCUACAGGAGCUGUCCUCUGAGCUGGGACAUUCUAAACCUCAGAGCAAGACGUCCUCGCCGUCCACAGCCUCCUCCAGGCAGUCACCACCAAGUCCCUCACCCCAGCAGCCAUCCAACAUUCGGGUAGCCAGCAGCAGGAACUCACCACAUGAGGAGGUAAACAAACGCCCAACCUCUGUGUCCAGUGAAGGCAGCGAGUGGGUGGCAGGGGAGCGAGGGACGACAGUGGGCGUGGGAGGGAAGCCACCUACAACCCCGCCCCCCGUAUAUGCAGACGAGAGGUUAGCCACAAGGUCAGGGCUAAAUGGUCAUGGUGCCAAAUACGCUAAAGACUUUACUACACACCAAGACCCGUGUGUAACGCAAACCAAGAAGACUACACGUUACGAGGCAGACAAGCCAGGAAUGCAACAGGUGAGCGGGUCUAGCGUAUCGGAAAACGUGUCCGGGGUGCCACGGCGAGGUAGUGGUGAUGGUGGCGGAGGUAGAGGCGGCGGGGCGCGGGCCAGGGAUAACACCAGGCCGGUCAGUCUCGUCCUGCCCAAUAGCGCACAGGGCGACGCCAUAAGGCAACACAUACCCAUGAACCUCGACCUGGAAGGCAGCUCUGAUGACCUAUCAACUAAGGUGUCCAAACUUCAGACGAACGAUGCACCUGGUCCCCGUCCUCGCCCUACCAGUCUUAACGUGACGCAUGAAGGAACUCUUCUGAAGGACCUGAGGAAAAGCAGCCCAGUGGAUGCUCUGAAGGACAGAUUUCUCAGUCACAUAACUCCGACAAGUGAAUCUUCACCUGGUAUCACCGACGUGCACUACAUUCCUGUGGAGGUAGAGGCGACCAAGACUGUCCCCACCACCAGCAGGGUACCCGAGGACACAGCCUCUCGCGGUCGCCACACAGCUACUGGGGUGCCACUCCAUCAGCGUCGGGGUAAAGGUGUUAAUAGUCUUGUGAUAGUGGACGAUGACAAGUCUAGCACUUCUUCUAGUCAGGUGAGUACAAGUACAAGUGAAGACAAUAGUAAUGCAACAUCGAGUGCGGAUAGUGAGGGUGGUGUUGACAGUAAGGGCGGGUGGAAGGUGCCCCAUCUGGCAGACAAGGCCGCAGCUGGCAACUCAAGUGCGCUGAAUCUCGGCCCUGACCCGUUCCAGCAGCACUCUUCCAGCAGAGGUGGCGGUGCUGACUCACGCGCUCAGCCUCAUGGUAUCGGCAGUGGCAGCGUUACGGGCGGGUCUAAACCAAAGCCCAGCCCACUCUUGUCCUCCACAUCUCCAUCAGACUCCGAUCCAGACGUCGAUGAGAUCAUCAGUCAAGCUGAGCGAGUCAUCGAAGAAACGAGGAGAUUAUCGGCGAGUGCCGCUAAUGACUCCCUGGUGGUGAAUGAUUUAGGCAGAGACAAGCACAGUGCAAUAAAGAGAGACAAAGUAAAGUCUACCGGUACUACCUCUAAACGGUCUGGAUUUAACUUGGCUCCAAACAUCGACACCCGGAGCUCGCCGGAGUCCAACUUCGUGGAGAUACAGGAGGAGGACCAUACACAACACAAUAAAGGUAAAGGCGAGGAAGCCGAAGGUGUAGUAGAGGGCUGCCUCUCUAUACCCUUGCUUGGGCCUGCUGGCCGCCCAGGACGACCCCGUCACAAGCCCACCCGCACCGCCCAUACACAUGUUGCUACACCGCCCACUCGUAACGACUCUCUGCUCAUUGAGGCUGUUGACGAUACUGAUGACGUCACUGAGUGUGAGGAGGUGCGUCCCACAAUAGUAAAGAGUCCAGAAAUACAGAGUAGUGACGUCAUGGGUUGUGCGCGAGAGAGCGGGCGAGGUGGGGGUUCUGAGGCCCCCCCGUCCCCCCAGGAGGCGCCACCACGCACCCUCGCACACCAGGCCCAGCCCACCCGAGCACCGCGCCGCCCCUCCAGCCGCGAGAGGAUGGGCGGCCUCUUCUCACGGGGACGGCUCCGACUCUCCACGCUACACUCCAUCCUCCUCACCAAGUGUCGCCGCUGCCUCCACCAGGAGCAAGGUUUCGUCAACACCACAAACACCCUCCACGCCCACACGUCCACACAGACCACGUGA